CAAGAAAGCAGUUACUAAAUGUUGGCUUAAGAGAAGCCCUCCCGAUAUGAAUCUUCUUCUAAGUAUUGUCAGUCACAUAUGUCCUAUUGAAAGUGACCUUCUCCCUGAGGUUACAGAAGAAUAAAGGGGAAAAUUAUUGGAGCAAAUGGGAUUGUUAUAUACUACAAACUAGCAAUGGCUAAAGUGCAUCUCAAAUUCUACCUGUACCAUGCAGUGCUCAAUUUCUAUAAGACCCCAUGUAACUAUUGUUGUUAAUUUUUUAUUACUGAAUUGCUUUUUUUUUCUCUCUCUCUUUCGGUUCUUUUUUCUGUGUCUUGUUAUAGAUAUUUUGGUUAAGUUCUCUACUUGCAAGUACUAAAAACAAAACCUGUCAAAAUAUAAAAGUAUAAAAAAAAUACAUGCCAUUAAAAACAAAUACAAACUAAUAAAAUAAGUAAAAUUACAUACAAAAAUGUUACUUAAAUCAAAACCAUCCAUACCCAUAAAAAAAUCAUAUUAAAUUAAUAAAUGGGUUUUGAUUUGCUAAUACAUAUCCUUUUGCUUGUUUAGCCAGUAAGCUUUAUAGGCUGUCAUCCAACAUGUCAGGCUUCAUUUCAUUAAAAAAGGAACAGUAUAAUUACAUUUCAUUCAGCAAACCCACAUGAAGAAAAAUUAGCCGAAGGAUAGAGGAGCAAUGAAAAAUGCAUCAAACAGCUACAUCUUAUGUUUAGUGAAAUCUUCUGGUGGGCUGUGCAGUGUGAAUGCUCUAUUAAGUCUAGCAUUCAUACUCUGUCCCCCACAAGAUCGACAGGAGUAUAAAAGGUCUCUGUGACGUCGUUUUGCUUGUGACGUGUUCAGUGUUGAAAACCUGAAUGAGCGAAAGGGAGAGAGAAUGCAAGAAGCAAUCUGACUGCAAGUCAUCGUACAUCAAAUUAAGUAUCAGCUCCCUGUGCAAACUUAAUUAUAAUGUAAAUUCAUUAACCAAUAUUUAAUUGAAGACCCAAAACACAAAUAAAUACAAGUUGAAAUCACCUAAUGUGUGUUUUAGUGUACUACUACAAAGUAGUAAGUCAACCAGCUUCAUCACAAACAAACAUACACACAAAUGUUUUUUUUUUUUUUUUUAUGUAUAUAUACCAGACAGGAAGCAGGCAUGGAGAUUUAAAUGUAAUUGUUCAUUUCGGCUGUGAACUGCCGCAACACGUUGCAGUUAUCAAUAUUCUGACUGUGAUGAACCAGAGGAAAAAAGUAAGGGAGGGGGAGGGAGCGUUGAAUCAAACGCCAAAGCACUGUGCAAGUGUGCAAGGCGGAAAGUGAGCGAGCCAGGGAGCAAACCAAAGUGCACAUGAGAGAGAGAGAGAGAGAGAGAGAGAGAGAGAGAGAGAGGGAGGGAGCGAGAGAGAGAGAAACUGCACUGAUGAUCGACGCCAGCCUGCCACCACUCUGUAGCAGUGAGUGGCUGCAACAAAAGCACAGAAUAACAUCUCAGCUCCUCUCCUCUGCCUUUCCCCUCACUGCAUCUCCUCUUUCUCGGUGCCGAGAACUCCACACAACACAGCAGAGCCACAUGGAACUGGCGUCGCAAGUGCAGCCUCUGCCUGCCAUCAACAAGUUAGGGAUGAAGGACAUCAAGCAAUGAAAGAGGAAUGCAUGAUCUUCAAUUAACCAAUUGAGCUGACAUCAUUGCGGUGGAAAAGGAAAGAGGCAGCUAAGGGACAGAGGGAUCUGCUCAGCGGUGCUGCUUUGGAUGCAAAUAAUCAACUUCGAAUUUAAGGAUUCUUGGGAGGCAAAUAAUGCUGGUCUUUUCUUAAUCUGGGAAUUGAAUAGAAGGACUGACAAAAGGACACACUGAAAGAAAAUAGAAACAGCAUCCCAGGACAUGGAAUGCCUGAAUUUGGUUCAACUGGGGGGGCUCAGCACUUCUUUAUUUCUCAAGAGCUUGAUUCCUUUUGUAUUAACCCAAAAGGUUUUUUUCCCUUUGGAUUUCUCUUCCAUCUGGCUGCUCCAAAAGUCUGCGGAAAAAGACAGUUGAAUGCAGCCUCCGAUGUACACAAAAGAAUGGGUUUCCAUUCAAGGUGGCCAUUGGUGGGACAAGCACCAGUGGCACUUUGUGUGAUCAGCAUGCUACUGUGCCUCCCUGUGUCAUGCACAACCUGCCCUCAGAAAUGCCGAUGUGAAGACUUGCAGUUUUACUGCGACACGCAGGGGCUCCUGGCGCCCCCAGACGGUGUGGAUAAAGGGGCCCUUGGACUUUCACUCAGACACAACAGCAUCAGUGAGCUCAGUUCAGACCAGUUCUUUGGCUUCACCCAGCUCACAUGGCUUCACCUGGACCACAACCAAAUAACCACCGUGCAUGAGGAUGCCUUCCAGGGGCUGUACAAGCUCAAGGACCUUAACCUGAGCUCAAACCGCAUCACCAAGCUGCCAAACACAACCUUCAUCCACCUCAUCAACCUGCAGAUCUUGGAUCUCUCUUUCAACCAGAUGACAGCGCUGGAGCCUGAGCUCUUUCAUGGGCUCCGGAAGCUCCAGAUUCUACACCUACGGUCAAACUCGCUGCGCACGACACCCGUACGGGCCUUCUGGGACUGCCGGAGCCUGGAGUACCUUGGCCUGAGCAACAACCGGCUCCGUAGCUUGGCCCGGAAUGGCUUUGCCGGGUUAAUUAAGCUGCGAGAGCUCCAUUUGGAACACAAUCACUUGACCAAGAUUAACUUGGCGCACUUCCCUCGUCUGGUUGCCCUCCAGUUCCUUUAUCUUCAGUGGAACAAGAUCAACAAUUUAACAUGCACCAUGGAAUGGAAAUGGACAACUCUGGAGAAACUGGAUCUCACUGGGAAUGAGAUACGUGUACUCACCCCCGACGUGUUUGAGACUUUGCCCAACCUCAAGAUCCUGCUGCUGGAUAACAACAAACUGACCAGCCUCGACACCCAAACCAUGGAUAUGUGGAAGUCCCUAAAUGCGAUUGGGCUGUCAAGCAAUCUAUGGGAAUGUACCAAAUGGAUCUGCAAUAUGGCCACUUGGCUGAGCACCUUUAAAGGUCGAUGGGAGCAUUCUAUCCUCUGCCACAGUCCUGAGUACGCACAGGGUGAGGAAAUACUGGAUGCCGUUUACGGAUUCCAACUUUGCCAAAAUUUCUCGGCCCCGGUUGUACUGACCAGUACCAGCACGGAUGCCAUGCUCCCCGAGAUCACAAGCUCCCUGUUCGGAAAUAUGCAGACCCCUACACAAGACUUCUAUGCAGAGGAUUUUGGGAGCUUUACGAUUGUCACCACUACCACCACCACUACCCAACCCCCACGCACUGCCCUUGCUACUACUAUGACAGUGGAGGGGGCAGACGUUACAGAGGACUACUCCGAGAUGGACAACACAGUGCUGACCCAGAGGGUCAUCAUUGGCACCAUGGCUCUGUUGUUUUCCUUCUUUCUCAUCAUUUUAGUAGUGUACAUAUCACGAAAAUGCUGCCCUCCCACUCUGAGGCGGAUCCGCCAUUGUUCAGCCAUUCAGAACCGGCGACAGAUGAGGACCCAGCAGAGGCAGCCAAUGGCGGACCUGGCUACACAGGUGCCCUAUAACGAGUAUGAUCCCAGUCACGAGGAGGGUGCACUAGUGAUCAUCAAUGGCUAUGGGCAAUGCAAAUGUCAGCAACUGCCUUACAAAGAGUGUGAAGUAUAAACUAUUUAUUCCUGCAGUUUCUGGGUUUAACCAUUUGUCCAUUUCAAAAGAUACAGGGUUUGCUUUUGGACUUUUUCCCCUUUUCAGUUUGUAUGAAGGAGUAUUUCUUUGAAAUUGUUAGCUUUGGAAAUCUAUGAAAGCUUGAGAUGACUGGGAUGAAUUUGAAAAGAGGAAAUAUAGAAAAAUCCACAAGUUUAUUUUUGUAAUACAAAUGCAAAGGUUCAUAUCUAGCUGGGGGCAAUCAAUCUCAGCAGAGGAAGGCUGGAUGUGUCGCCGCAUCACCAGUUUGUGUACUAUGUAUUCUGCAGCACAGAGGAGAUGAGAAAUCUAUAGCCAAACCGCCUGGAACCCUGUGCUCCAGAAAACAGUUUAUAAAAUGACAUAUCUUCUGAUAAAUAGUGAUAUUUUAUUUCAUGGAAAAAUAGUGUUUCAUAUGCUGAGCAGUGAAAAUUUAAAAGGAUAAAAAAAAUAAAAACCUUUGGUGCACGUUAGCAACACUAUAGAUCACACAUUCACUUUUGGGGAGAGGAAACCAAAAAAAAAAAAAAAAAGACAUCAGGUGGACACAAAGCAUAUUUUUAAACUCACAUUUUCUAAAUUGACAACAAGUACUGUUACAAAUUGAGCCACAUAUCGAAAUUACAUUUUGGACAGGGUAUUCAACCCACUCAACAUUACUUGUGGCAGAAUAUUAUCAUUACACUUUGAUCAAGUCUUAAAUCUGAACUAAUGAGAACACUUAACUGCCUUCCCGUUUCUGCAUUUGGUUAAAUUCAAUAAACUGUCACAGCUUCCUUGAAAUCUUAAAGCCUAGCACUUUGUGUGAAAAGGUUAAUGUCCAAUAUGGCUCUGCACUGGUUCUAACAAAAUGCCCGAACAAGCUCCUUCUUUCACAUCUUCAGCGGGGAUUCACUAAAUGUUAAACAGAGAAAUUGCCCAAUUAUCAUUGUGCAUAUAUUCUUACAUAAGAUGGCUCCAAACACUGACAUCCUCACUGUGAUAGAACAAUGCUGCUUAGAUCACUACAUCAUUAAUUAAUGGUACAGACCAUCAAAGGAUGCUAGACGACGAAGCAAACACCAGCGAGAACAACUUCCUAGGGAGAGCUAGAAAAGAGCUAGAAAAAAAAAAAAAGGCAUGCAGAGGACACUGACAAUUGCCUCCUAAAAAUACAUGCGUACGCUUGCCGUCGCACUGUUCGAAUGCAGCCAAGAGCAUAACCAUACCUGACAGCUUCAACAUUGAGUCAAUUAAGCCCGGGGAAAAUGAAUAUAAUAUUCUGUCACCCAAAACCUCUGCACCGUUAGUUUCAGCCUCCUCAGCCAGUACUUAAAAAGGAAAAAAAAACACUAGAGUUAUUACUUCAUAGCCUUGCUCCUCAGUCCAUAAAAACAAAAAAGGCCAUUUGUCGUCUGUGCAAGAAAUAUCCAGAGGUUCAUACCAAGGACACUAAAGAAACCGAAACAGAGAAAAAAGCUGAAGUUAAGUGUAGCGCAGCUCUCAGGAGAUCAUGAAGACGGCGGGAGGCUGGGUCAGGAGACAUUUGUAUGCAGCACUGAGAGAACCGACAUUAGCAUCAAACUAAAGCUGCUGCAGUAGCUCUUUGUGUUGCAAUCAGGAGUUGGGGGCAGGGAUGCACAAGGUGGUACAGGGAACACCAUCACUGGUUAGCAUCUAAUUGAAGUCAAUGAGCAUCCAAGGAGCCAAGAGUGAGGCUAAAUAAGGGUACAGAAACCAUUAGAGGAAAAAAGAACUGCAUUACAAAACGGUGACUGACAACACCCUGGGCAAAAGCUAGAAAGCUCGGAACACCACCCUACUUAGGCUGAGAUAAGGCUUACUGCCUUAUUGCUUAAAAAAAAAAAAAAAAAAACAGCUAAAAAUAAAGAAACAUGCAAUCAUAUACAGGCAGAUAUUUUUGGUGAAAAACAAAAUUUUUUGAACUUGGCAUCUAUAUGAAAUCCCAUUCUUUGGUCACGUACCUAAGGUUGUAAAAAAAAUAAUUAUAUGCUGAAUUUAAGCAUGCCUUAAGAGACUGAUUAUAACUGUCCUCUAGAGGGUGCUGUGAAUUAUCAUGAGUGAGGAACAGCUGCUAAAAUUCUCACUAAUUUCAACUCUGCAAAACUUUUUUUUUUUUUUUUUAUAAAAACAAACAGAAAGGGAAUGUAGGUCUGUGUAGCUGAUCUUUUCUGUGCAGCCAGAGGUGUAGCCGGGAAAUAACAUUCCAAAAUGUAUUUUUCAAAUGCUGUUGGAAACGAGGAAAAUUACUGCUAACAUUUACCGAGCCAAGAACCUCUAUCUAUGGUGUUGCUUUGUUUUGCAUUUGAAAAGCUGACCUUUGCUUUCCUCAAAAACACCUUGCAUGUUUACAGAAAACAAACAUCAGCACCACCCAUCCACACCCCUCUCUCCCCACAACAACCAAAAAAAAAAAAAAAAAAAAAGUCUCACAUCCUGAUCUGAUAGUUUAGGUAUAUAUAUGGUGGGAAAGAACAACUUUCUAAUGAAAUACUGACAAACACUGUAAUAUGUUCAAACUAUCAGCUUAGAAGCAAUCACAAAAACCACUGAACAUGAAUCCAUUUGCACUCCCGUUAACUGUUUUUUGGGGGGAAUGUCAUCUUGCCAUACGCUGAAGUCCUGCUGCUCACUCUGGCCAAAAAGCCCCUUUCAAAUCACACCCAAAAAUUUAUUUGUGCAAAAAUGAAUGCUUUUCACCCUCCUCUCCCCAAAACCCUGCUUUUUCCUUUUUUGUAUUGUAAUAUGUACUAUUUCAUAUCUGUAUAGUGGGUAAAGAUGUGGCCAACUGAAAAGAUCUUUUUUCCUUAAGACGUAUAUUUUUAAAUAAAAAUGUUACAAUUUA